GCCCCCUCCUCAUUCUCCUCCCUCCGCGAAAGGGUGUGCGUUUUGAAGGUUGUAUGUAUCGCGCUAACGUCACAUUACAGGAGUACAUUGGCGGAGUGAUAACAUCAGAAGUCACUGUUGGAGCCACGCAUCCUCAUACUGACUGAGUUCAAAGAAGGUCUUGUUCUGUCGGGACAGGGUACGGCGCAUACACCCGGUGCAUGGAAUGGAGUUCAUAUAUCUCGCAUCCCCCGUAAAUGCAACGUGACAGUUCUAAACGUUUAAUUCAAGGUCAAUAUUGGACUUCGAUCAGCUGUAACCGUUGACAUUAUUGAGGAUAUUUAUCUUCUUGUGGACCGGAAUUGAAUGAGCAGCAUCUUUUUACCGGUCGGCGGUGAGCAAUGACAUCUUUCACCGAAGAGGUUAACCUACGCUCUCAGUAUCUAAAACAACAAUUCGGACCAAGUUUUCAAUUAAAAAAUUUGCUAUUUAGGAGAGGAUAUGUAACUAGCUAACUAACAUAGCACUGUAGCCGUGUCCUGAGCUCUCCAUGUCCGGUAGGAUAACUAGCUGGUGUACCUUCGACGAUUCCUGCUUUCACGAAUGGUGUUAGCCAGCUUGCUACAGUACCUGGAACUGCUGCAUCCAUCUCAAAUAACUAACUAAAGUUGCCUAGCUAGCCAGCCAAUUGUCGAACAUGGAUAUUUUGUGGGUCCUUUUGAAAUACAGUUGCUAGUGAGGAACGUGUGUUCAUUACACGCACACUUUACACGACUUCCAGCUCACUUUUUCCCCCCUAAAUUCUUUUAAGUUAUAAAAAAACGAAUUUCAACAUGUCUGUUCGCGUAGCUUUACACUCACCCAGUGGCUCCAGAAGUUUUCUGGAGCGGGGACUCCUACUUCUGGUGAUGUUGAUCUUUCUGGAGGGCACCGUACUGACGCUUGGAGCUGCGAGCUCACCGGACAUCGGCGCUCAGGAUAACACUGGAGGAGGACACGGCCACCUCGACGACCACAGAGGGAUAGCAGGCAGCCACGACCAUACUAACUACACAUACAUAAAAAAGGCCUUUCCUGUCCUGUCUCUAGAUUACCAUCACAUACAGGUGCCUUUCGAGAUCUCUUUAUGGGUGCUGCUGGCCUCUUUAAUGAAAUUAGGAUUCCACCUGAUCCCGCGUCUGUCCAGCAUCGUGCCCGAGUCCUGUCUGCUCAUUGUGGUGGGCCUCCUUGUUGGCGGCCUUAUCAAGCUGGCGGGCGAGGAGGUACCCCCCGUGCUGGACUCCAACCUCUUCUUCCUGUGCCUCCUCCCCCCGAUCAUCCUGGAUGCGGGCUACUUCCUGCCCAUCCGGCCCUUCAUGGAGAACAUCGGCACCAUCCUGAUGUUCGCCGUGGUCGGCACCCUGUGGAACGCCUUCUUCGUAGGGGGUCUCCUUUACGCCGUGUGCCAGAUCGAGGGCACGUACCUGAGCCAGGUGGAGCUGCUGCCCUGCCUGCUGUUCGGGAGCAUCAUCUCGGCCGUGGACCCGGUGGCCGUGCUGGCUGUGUUUGAGGAGAUCCACAUCAACGAGCUGCUGCACAUUCUGGUGUUCGGAGAGUCGCUGCUCAAUGAUGCCGUCACUGUGGUCUUAUACCACCUGUUUGAGGAGUACUCUGGCGCAGGUGAAGUAACGCCGAUGGACGUGGUCCUCGGGGUCAUCUGCUUCCUGAUUGUGUCGCUGGGCGGCAUCGCCGUGGGCGCCAUCUACGGUAUCCUGGCGGCCUUCACCUCCCGGUUCACCUCGCACACCCGCGUCAUCGAGCCCCUCUUCGUGUUCGUUUACAGCUACAUGGCUUACCUCUCGGCUGAGAUGUUCCACCUGUCUGGAAUUAUGGCGCUGAUUGCGUGUGGCGCGGUGAUGCGUCCCUACGUGGAGGCCAACAUAUCCCACAAGUCCCACACCACCGUCAAGUACUUCCUGAAGAUGUGGAGCAGCGUGAGCGAGACCCUCAUCUUCAUCUUCCUGGGCGUGGCCACGGUGGCCGGGCCGCACGCCUGGAACUGGACCUUUGUCUCUGUCACCGUCAUCCUCUGUCUGGUGUCACGUGUCAUUGGCGUGGUGGGCCUUACCUUUAUCAUCAACAAGUUCCGCAUCGUCAAGCUGACCACCAAGGACCAGUUCAUUGUGGCCUACGGUGGCCUGCGAGGGGCCAUCGCCUUCUCCCUGGGCUACCUGCUAGACAAGGACCUCUUCCCCAUGAGGACCAUGUUCCUCACCGCCAUCAUCACCGAAAUCUUCUUCACCGUGUUUGUACAGGGCAUGACUAUCAAACCUCUGGUGGACCUGUUGGCCGUGAAGAAGAAGCAGGAGGCCAAACGCUCCAUCAAUGAGGAGAUCCACACACAGUUCCUGGACCAUCUGCUGACUGGCAUUGAGGACAUCUGUGGACACUACGGCCAUCACCACUGGAAAGACAAGCUAAACCGCUUCAACAAGAAGUACAUAAAGAAGUGCCUGAUAGCAGGCGAGCGCUACAAGGAGCCGCAGCUCAUCGCCUUCUACCACAAGAUGGAGUUCAAGCAGGCCAUCGAGCUGGUGGAGAGCGGCGGGGGCGUCAAGCUACCCUCUGCCGUGCCCUCGCAGGUCUCCAUGCAGAACAUCCAGCCCAAGAAGCUGCCGCCUCCUGUAGCAGAGCGGGCCCUGCCUCAGUUCACCAAGGGCCGUGAGGAGGAGAUCAGGAAGAUCCUCAGGAGUAACCUGCAGAAGACCCGCCAGAGGCUGCGCUCCUACAACAGACACACUCUGGUGGCCGAUCCCUUCGAGGACGGAUGGAACGACUUCGUCCUGAAGAAGCAGAGGUUGAUCGAGCUAGAGAAGAAGAUGACAGAGAUGAGUAACUACCUCACAGUCCCUGGCGCAAUUCCUGACUCCCCCACCAUGUGCAGAGCCAGACUGGCCUCAGGCAGUGGUUUCAAAGCUGAGAAGGGAGGGGCCAAAGUAAUUCCAGACCCCAACGCCUUCUACAACAUCAAGGCGUCUUCAGACGGCGUCCCCACCAUCCAGGUGGACCUAGCCUCCCCCCAGUCCCCGGACUCUGUCAACAUGCUGAACGAGUUCUCUAAGGAGGGUGCCACAGGCCAGGGUCUGGGUCAGAGGGAGGGGGCCGACCGGGAUGAGGACCAAGGCCUGAUGAUGAAGCUGGCCGGGAAAGGGGAGAAGGGAGAGGAAGAGGGGGGCAACAAGAACCCAGGGCUGAUGAGGUGUCUGAGUGACCCGGGCCCUAGUAAUGAGGACGAGGAGGAUGAACCAUUCCUUCCCUAAAAAAACAACUAGCUCCUCCCAUUGUGAGGAAUAGGGAGGGGCCUUGUUGCAGCAGCUCCUCCCCCUGAGCGGGGGAAAGGUCCACCUCCUCUCACUCCACCACCACCUCAUUUGAGUUUGCUAUCCCAUUGGUUGAGGAACCAAUAAAGCCAAAACUGUUAAGAAAGGACUUAGGACAUAACUUGAUUUAUGAACCAAAACAGAAAAGGAGACUAAAUAGCCAUCUUUUUUCAAUAGUUGUCAUUGCUCUUUUUUCAUUUUUUUAAGUGAUAGGAAGACAGUCGCCACCUUGGGUGAUCUUGGGCUUGGUGGGAAUUAGCCCGAGACGGGGGAACAUAAUUAUGCGUUACCAAAGGUUUGGACUAGUUUAGUCACAGGCAAUGUUCCACAUUUUGUUUUACACAACGUUUACGAUCAUUCUUCUACUUUCAAGAAAAGUUAGCCUCGUUUUUUUUGUCAUUUUGUCAGACACUUCGAGUAAAGCCCUUUUCACUAGGUGCGUUGUAUCACACAAUUAACCUCUUAACUGCAUGUUUUUAAUUUCAGGGUUGAUAUGAGACUGUUGUUUAUGUGGUUGUCUUUUGUCAUCGUUUGUCAUUCAGUUGGUCGGGGUUCUACUCGGUGUUGUACACUGGAUGUACUUCACGCUGCAUGUAAUGUUUUCACUGUGCUAAACUCGAUGGACCUCUUUCUUCACCACCUCGCCUAUGGAUACCCUAAGGCUAAGGAAUGUGUCAAGCGCAGACUUGGAAAUGUUGAGAUGCAAACCCGGCGUCGCCGUUUCGAGCGUCGCCUGUCUAUUUGAAUCGAACAUACAACAUCGGCAGCGUCGCUGAGACGUGUAUGCUGCGCAGUAUAAGCUCUAUUUACAUAAAAGAAGGAUUGUGAUGCAGCACCAAGAGAUGUGUUGAUCUUGAAUGGACUUAACUCCCCUAUAUAAGCCGAUCCCUAAAAUCACACCAAAUACUGUUAUCCUCCUGACACACCCAGCCCAAAAAACGAUGGAGUUAAAAUAAUUUACAAAGACACAUUUGUAUGUGCACUGUAGUGGACCUAAAGAAACAGUUGAUAGUAAAUAUGAAACAUGUAUAUUAAUCAAGUUUAUUUUAUAUAGCCCUUCGUACAUCAGCUAAUAUCUCGAAGUGCUGUACAGAAACCCAGCCUAAAACCCCAAACAGCAAGCAAUGCAGGUGUAGAAGCACGGUACCCGGUACUGUACCCAUUACAUUAAAUGGGUACAGUAGGUAAACAUAGUUGUCACAUCCUGAUGUCUACUACAGAGGGCAUUUAUAAACAAGCUCUUAUUUAAUGUGAAAAAAUUAUUACACUGCUCUGAAAACCCUCCACAUUAUUUCUAAGAUAUUUACUAGAAUGAAUUUGAAUAUCAAACUCACAAAAAUUAUAAUUACACAAAUACACACACUUACCUUCUUACCACAACAUAUGCUAAUUGUGUUGGCAGCCAUUUUGAAAAUCCAGAAAGAGAAAGUUAUCCAGGUCACACCCCCACUCAUGAUAUCAUUGAAAAACCCAGAAUGUUCUACAACAGGACUUAACACAGUGACAUGUCAAAGAGAGUGGACAAAAAUGAAUUGUUGGGUCUCAGGAGGAUAUGUUACAAGUUCCCUUUAAGAAAAUGCUGUCGUAUGGGCCAUUUCAGAACCAUUUUGUGGUGUUUUCUCCAUAUUCUCUUGUCGGUAGUCGCAUCUUACAAUUCAUCUUACAUCUUAUGGGUCUGAUCUAUUGUUAUUUUCUCUCUUGCACCUUAUACACCAAGUAUUUUGACAUUUUUAAAAGACCUAGUUGCCAGUUUAACGUUCCCCAUUUGGUUUUUAGCACUCCCCUUUUGAAAAUCUAGUGUUCCAUAGGCAUUUGGAGUUUUAGGCAUCACUGUAAAGGAUAUGAGGUGUGGGUGGACUGAACGGAUCUUUAUCGUCUAACCACCUCAAUGGCCCAGAAUAUAUAUUUACACGUCCACCAUCACAUGUAUGUUGAUUUUGUCAAUCCACAACUGACACAAUCAUGACACGCUGGUAAAAAUAUCAAAACCAACUAUGUUAAUUUGGGACAUGUCGAAACACACAUGAAACAUUCAUAGACAUUUAGCCAGCUAGCUUUUGCUAGCUAGUUUGUCCUAGGAGAUGGACAUUGGGUUGUUAUUUUACCUGACAUGCAUACGGUCCUAUUAUUAGCUGGUUCUUUGUAGAAUUUUGACCUGGAGUCAUACAAAAUCGUGCUUCUCUACUCCGAUGAUUAAUCCACAGUUAAAAAGAGAAACCUAGUUAGUUUUUAGUUCGUUAACUUUAGUUCAUCUCUCCUCGUUUGUCUUUCAAGCUUUCGCGUGGGUUUGUAUCUUCCUGAUAUCCAAUAAGGAGGGGGCUUGCAGUGCGACUAAUGGAGCCAAGUUCUAUUUUAGCGCUUGGCUACGCAGACGCUUGGUCACAUGCGCGAGCACCACAUUUCCGGUGAGGUUUGCAUGUUAUUUAUAAUGCUGGCCUGGAGAUACAGGCAUGGGCAAAAAUAGCAAUUCAAUGCAGUAUAUUGGUGUAAAAUGUGUAUAGCGAUAUAUUGAUUAUAACCAUUUUAUUGAACGAUGCCCUUUAAAGCAAAUGCCAUGAUGUAAUCUUGUCAAUGCAAACGAAGAGGUCAUCGCUCCUCUGCUAACACAGGUCUAUAACCAUCACGGGCAGUGCGCUAACUAGUUGUAGGCAAAUUCACAUCCGAACGCAAGAGCCAACACCAAUUCUGCUCGCACAACAGCGUAAGGCUAAUCUAGGUUUUGUAUAAAACUAUGAAAAUCUUGUCAGGUACAAUAUAUGGUUGUAUUAUGGAUACAGUACAUUGCUUCUCUUUUCUACACAAAGCCUUAGGAUCAAUAGGAACACUUGAAUAAUUAAUUUGAUUUUGAUUUGAAAAGGCUGUUAGCUAUAUUGUCAAUGUGAUUACUGUUGUUCAUCGAUCUGAACAUCUCAACGAGACAUUCAACCACUUUUAGGUGCAAAGUAUAUUGCACCUAACAUUGAUUCAAUAGCAUAGCAACCCCUCAUCCCACCUACUGUAUAACCAUCUUAGAUUUGUAACAUGAGUGACAACUUUAGCUGGAGUCUGUAACUGUCUCAGCUAGAGAAGCCUAAGAUGUCCAAGACCGUGGCCUAGUUUGCUGGCUGUCACCUUGGUGUUAGAAUGACCCAUGUCCCUCUCUGACCUCUGUGUACUAUCACUUUACGCCCAGAGAGCGAGAGAGAGGUCUCCUUACAGCUUAGGGGAGGAGGGAGGAGAGAGCGAGGUCUCGUUACAGCUUAGGGGAGGAGGGAGGAGAGAGCGAGGUCUCGUUACAGCUUAGGGGAGGAGGGAGGAGAGAGCGAGGUCUCCUUACAGCUUAGGGGAGGCGAGAGUGGGAGGUGAGGAAGAGGUGCUUAGUGUAUUUGUUUACUCUCAUCUCCUGUUUUCUCAGCACCUAUUACUGUCAGCACGGUGGUUACUGAGGUUACAGUAGAGAGGGAAACAUGAGGACCGGGUGACGAUGUAAUGGCGUGCUACUAAUAAACCGUCGGCCGCGCGCACACACACACACACACACACACACACACAGUACUACACCGUGUGUGUGUGUGUGUGUGCGUUGUUCUCCUUUCCAGCAGGUCACCCCUGUCAUGUCCCCAUUCCCCCACAUGGGCAUUGCAGUUGAGGGUAGUUGUAGGUUGAGUCCAGGAAGGUGAAAUAGAUUAAAGCACCUCAGCUCCUUCACUAAAACAAAUUGAAUUAGGUGUUGAAAUGUCAGAGCUUGUUGUGAAGGACAGGCUGCUUCAGCUGUGAGAGUUAGACGAGGACAAGGUCUUAUUGAUGAGAUAGGGGUUUCAAAUUUAAGCUUUAUGGAAUGAUUGACAUUUGAUACUUCCCUGGCUGAUUUUUCUCUCCAUUGUAUUGUUAUUUAAACGACACAGAAAUGUAGUAUAGUUUAAACAUGACAUUUACAAGGUUUCCGAAACAGGUUAUAUAAGGGAAACCAGAGAAAGUCAACUUUAGCUUGGAAACGAGCCAUGGAAACUGUUUCUGAGCCCCAUUUUAUGAGCCUUAUACUGUAGUGCUAGCGGAAGAGCAGUUGACUUCGAAGCUUCCCCAUCGCUCUUUUAUUUGGCCACCACUUAAAGACCAUCAAUGGUUUCCUGCUGGAAAGGAGGACCUACUGUUAUCAUUAGUGUUUAGAAGACAAAUCUUUAAAUCUUUUCUACUGGACAAAAAUAUAAAUGCAACAUGCAACAUUUUCAAAUAUUUUUCUGAAUUGCAGUUCAUAUGAGGAAAUCAGUUAAUUGAAAUCAAUUCAUCAGGCUGUUUUAUCUAUGGAUUUCAUGACUGGGGAUACUGAUAUGCAUCUGUUGGUCACAGAUACCUUUAAAAAAUGUGCCUCAGGAAUUUGUCACGGUAUUUUUGAGCAUUCAAAUUGCCAUUGAUAAAAAGCAAUUGUGUUCGUUGUCUGUAGCUUAUGUCUGCCUAUAUCAUAACCCCACCAAAACCAUGGGGCACUCUGUUCACAACGUUGACAUCAGCAAACCACUCGCCCACACAAUGUCAUACACAUGGGUUGUGAGGCUGGUUGUACGUACUGACAACAAAUUCUCCAAAAUGACAUUGGAGGUGUGUUAUUGUAGAGAAAUUAACAUUCAAUUCUCUGGCAAUAGCUCUGGUGGACAUUCCUGCAGUCAGCAUGACAAUUGCACACUCCCUCAACUUGAGACAUCUGUGGCAUUGUGUUCUGCACAUUUUAGUGGCCUUUUAUUGUCCCUAGCACAAGGUGCACCUGAUCAUGCUGUUUAAUCACCUUCUUGAUAUGCCACACCUGUUAGGUGGAUGGAUGAUCUUGGCAAAGGAGAAAUGCUCACUAACAGGGAUGUAAACAAAUUUGUGCACAAAAUAUGAGGCGAAAUAACCUUUUUGUGCGUAAAUAACAUUUCUGGGAUCUUUUAUUUCAGCUCAUAAGACAGUGGACCAACACUUUACAUGUUGCGUAUAUAUUUUUGUUCAGUGUAGUUGCCCAGUACAUGUAUGCUAUCUUAAAAUCAAAGUCAGGGUGUUUCUCACCAACCAUACUGUGCACCAAUAGUUUAAACACAGAUUUAUCCAUCCAAACAGAUGUUUUCGUAUCGAAACAACCCCUGGUUGAUGUGUCUGAAAAUCAUGCAGUGUGUUUUGUAACUCUCGGCAUCGUUGUGUUCUCGUUCCUUGCAGACAACUACAUCUCAAGCCAUAUAAUCUGUGUAGGGACUUUAAUAUUAAUUGGUGUAUGGCAAUGCUAUGUCUGUCACGUUGCAGCAGCUUUUGUUCAAUAUUUCCUGUAGGGAAGGAAAUGUCCUGCUCAAAGCAGCGAAAGGUGAACAUUUAUAAGUGGCUUCAAUGUCUUGCUUCACUAAUUUUCUUAAUUGUUCAAAUGCAAAUGAAUGUUUGUUUCUUUUCUCAGCUCCAUGAUGAAUUAUCUUUCACAUUUAAUGGAUUGUUGAAGCUAUGUCUGUAUAAAUUCUCUUGCCUCGUUUUGAAGUGUGCUUAUGGAAUCCUAACGAGCAGGUGUAUUUUGUUAUACAGGACUAAGUUUGGCCACGCUUGUGGUUUCUGUCUGCGUUAUGCGUGCUUUACAUUGGUUCGUGUGUUUAUUUGCGUUUGUAUAAUUGUUGCUACAUGUGAUUUUAGCAUUCGGUUCACAUGCUUUAUUUGGGUUCAUUUGCUUUAUAUUUCUUCAUUUACUUUAUAUUCGGUUCACAUGCUUUAUUUGGGUUCAUACACUUUACAUUGGGUCCAUGUGCUUUAUUUGUGUUCAUUUUGCUUUAUAUUGCUUCAUGUGCUUUACAUGGGUCUAUAUGCUUUUUAAAGUGGUUGGUUACCUUACUGGAACCGAACUAGACUGACAUUCGAGAACAAAUGCUUCUUUCAUCCAAACUAGUGUCAUUAAAAAAAGAUUGUUCUCCUUACAUGGGUAGGUUGGAGCAGUAGAUCGUGGGUAUAAAAACAACCUUGGUAGUACUAUGAUGGUUGACAAUCUGUCAGAGGGUCAUGUUUAUUAUGGCCUGACCCGUUACUGGCAGUAGUGUAAAAUAGCUUUGUUUUCUUUUCUCCUGCUGAGACUCGACAGGUGGUUGGAUUUGAGUAAAUGUCCCACAGUCAUCAUUUUGCGUAUGUCCAAAGGGAUUUGCUUGUCUGAAAAAACUACUUCUCAGAGUUUUCUCACUCCUGAAGUGCACAUGUGGAUAUAACGUCUUACUCAAACAUACUGCAGCCUGGUACAUAAGUGAUAAACAAAGCAGAACAAUAUAUGUGGACUUCCUUUCCCUACCUCUGAGACUAACAAUUUGCCACACCAUAUUGAUAAAAGCACUUUAAGCGCUACCUUUAAGCGAUACCUUUAACUCAAAACUCCCGUUAAAGCAAGAGCAAUAAGUACGUGUAUUUUGGUCACACAGGCUUUGCAUGGCUAGUGUAACGGGAUGUAUGUGUGGCAUAAUAGUUUUACGGUAAGGUCAGGUGCGAAUUUGGAUCUGUCUAUGCCACAUGCAAGACAGAGAGGCAGGGAUGCAGUCUAACUUUGACUUCAAAUCAAACUAGGAUGAAUGCUGUUCUUCAUGAAUUCCCUUGCUCUACUACAGAUGCGUCCACAGCAUGGCGAUUGUAUUGCCCACCAGCCACUCAUCUGUUUGUUUGUUUACCUAGAUCUCUUGUUUUCUGUUUUAAUGUCAGCUAAUUGAUCUCCAGUGAUUUGCGAAUGUGUACUUUGCAAUAAUACAAAUAUUUUAUUUUCUAUACAAGUGAAUUCAAAUAUAUGUUAUAUAAAUAUAUAAUGUUACUGUACAAACAUCAAACUGUAUGAUAAAUGACACUAGUGACAACUGUGCACUGUAUUGUUGGUUAGCCUAGCUUAAGCAUUCCAUCCUUAUAUUACGAAAACAAACUAAUGCAGUAAUGUUGAAAUGAAACAAUAUACCAAAUUAAAGUUGUAAUUUAUUUAAAAAAAAAA